AGCGUUCUGAGCCUGAAUUACUGAUAGACGGGCAGGGGAAAGGGGGAAGAGGAAAAGAUAGAGAGAGGUGAGAGAGAGAAACAGAGGGAGAGAUAGAAACAAAACCCACUUGAAAGGACCAUCCAGAGGUGUGCGCACCUAGACACACUUCUGCAGAGGUCUCCACACAGCAACCAGGUUUAUUUUUAGCUUUUAAUCUUGCUUGGAGUUUCUCGGCACUUUUUCCACUCCGUGGAACCCACAAUGCUCUGGGCCUUAUUGCUGCUGUCCCUAGUCGGAGCCCAGGGGGCUCUGAGACCUGAGUGGCAGCCUGGGAAGUACGAGUCCACAGAGGCCGAGGCCGCUCGGUUUCUGAGUGAUUACAACUCGACUGCUGAACAAGUGUUCUCCUAUAGCACAGAGGCGAACUGGAAGUACAACACCAAUCUGACAGACUACAAUUCCCAGCAACAGGUACUGGCAAAUCUGGAGAAGCAAAGUUUCACAGAAGCAUGGGGAAAGCUGGCUAAGGACACUUUCCCUGAAACACUCAUGGACACCUUUACUGAUCCGACACUGAAGACCCUUAUCAAGAAGAUUAAUGUCCUGGGACCCGCCAACCUCCCUGCCACCGAGCGAGAGCGGUACAAUUUAAUUCUGAGUCAGAUGGGCAACAUCUAUUCCACCGCAAAGGUAUGUCCCAAACCAGGAGAGUGCUGGUCUUUAGAGCCUGAACUGACAAAAACUUUGGCCAAGUCACGAAGUUACAAGCAGCUACUCUACGCCUGGGAAGGCUGGCACAACAACUCUGGACUACCACUCAAACCCCUUUACCCUGAAUUUGUUGAUCUGAGCAACAAGGCCUCCGUUAUGGAUGGCUUUGCCGACACUGGAGCUGAAUGGCGUUCCUGGUACGAUUCUCCAACCUUCAAGGAGGACUUGGAAAGCCUGUUCAAGCAGCUGCAGCCUCUCUACCUGAACUUGCAUGCCUUUGUACGUCGAAAGCUGUAUAACUACUAUGGCCCCAAGUACAUCAAUCUCAAAGGCCCCAUCCCGGCCCAUCUGCUUGGAAAUAUGUGGGCACAAAGCUGGAACAACAUCUAUGACCUGAUGAUCCCUUUCCCUAACAAGCCCAACGUGGACGUGACUAACAACAUGGUUGCACAAGGCUACAAUGCCACCCACAUGUUUAGAGUGGCUGAAGAGUUCUUUACCUCUCUUCAUCUAUUGCCGAUGACUGACAUGUUCUGGGAAAGGUCCAUGCUGGAGAAGCCUGCUGACCGAGAGGUGGUAUGCCAUGCCUCUGCGUGGGACUUUUACAACCGAGAGGACUUUAGGAUUAAACAGUGUACAACCGUGACCAUGGAGCAGCUCUUUACUGUGCACCAUGAGAUGGGUCAUGUAGAGUAUUACUUACAAUACAAAGACCAGCCGGUCAGCUUUAGGCGAGGAGCCAACCCUGGCUUCCAUGAGGCCAUUGGAGAUGUGCUGUCCCUGUCUGUAUCGACACCCAAACAUCUGCACACUAUUGGCCUGCUUGACACUCUAACUGAUGACUAUGAAACCGACAUCAAUUACCUGUUAAAGAUGGCGUUAGAGAAGAUCGCCUUCCUUCCUUUCGGAUAUCUCAUUGAUCAGUGGCGCUGGGGUGUGUUCAGUGGACAAACACCACCUGAACGCUACAAUUCAGAGUGGUGGUACCUCAGAAAAAAAUACCAAGGUGUCUGUCCACCAGUAAGACGGUCAGACGAAUAUUUUGACGCUGGGGCAAAAUAUCAUAUUCCAGGAAAUACUCCAUACAUCAGGUACUUUGUGAGCUUCAUCCUGCAGUUCCAAUUUCAUAAGAAGCUUUGCCAGGAAGCUGGACACACUGGACCGCUGUAUAAGUGUGACAUCUAUAGAUCAGUCAAGUCCGGGGAUGUUUUAGCGAAAAUCAUGCAGGCUGGUUCCUCAAAGAACUGGACUGAGGUGCUGCAGGAGAGUUUGGGCACAAACAAAAUGGAUGCCAGCGCCCUCAUGGAGUAUUUUAAUCCCAUCACUACCUGGUUGGAAGAACAGAACAAGAAGUCAGGCGAAACACUCGGCUGGCCCGACUUUGACUGGAUGCCACCUGUUCCACUAGGUUACCCAGAAGACAUUGCUGACAAAAUAACCGAUGAGGAACAGGCAAAACUGUUCCUGGCUGAAUACAACUCCACAGCAGAGGAAGUGUGGAACGCUUACACAGAGGCUUCGUGGGCCUACAACACCGAUAUCAAUGAAAAAAACAAGCAGGUUAUGCUGCAGAAGAACCUGGACAUGGCCAAUCACACGAAGACCUACGGAAUGGAGGCCCGCAAAUACGACACUACUGAUUUCCAGGACGCCUCUGUGAAGAGGAUCCUGAAGAAGCUCAGUGAUCUGGAGAGAGCUGCACUUCCUGAUGCCCAACUGAUAGAGUACAAUGACUUGCUGGCCUCCAUGGAGACCACGUACAGUGUAGCUAAAGUCUGUGAAGAUAAUGGUAACUGUCUACCUCUAGAUCCAGACCUAAAUCAGAUCAUGGCUGAGUCAAGGGACUACGACAGGCUGCUGUUUGCUUGGCAAGGCUGGCGAAAUGCUUCAGGAAGAGAACUGCGCCAAAGCUACAAGAGAUAUGUCGAGCUUGCCAACAUAGCUGCCAGGAGUAACGGUCAUGCCGACAAUGGUGCUUUCUGGCGUUCUUUGUAUGAAACGCCAACCUUCGAACAGGACCUGGAGGCACUGUGGAAAGAGCUUCAGCCGCUCUAUCUCAACCUCCAUGCGUACGUACGGAGAGCGCUCUUCAAAAAGUAUGGAAAGGAACGCAUCAAUCUGAAAGGGCCGAUUCCUGCACAUUUACUAGGAAACAUGUGGGCUCAGACCUGGUCAGGAAUCAUGGACUUGGUGAACCCGUAUCCUGAUGCCUCUCAGGUGGACGUCACACAAGCCAUGAUAGAAAAGGGCUGGGACGCUUUGAAGAUGUUCCAGGAGUCUGACAGCUUCUUUACUUCAGUGGGCCUGGAAGCUAUGCCUCAGGAAUUCUGGAACAAGUCGAUGCUGAUGAAACCUGCAGACCGUGAAGUGGUGUGUCAUGCCUCAGCCUGGGACUUCUACAAUCGUAAAGAUUUCAGGAUUAAGCAAUGCACAGUGGUGAACAUGGAUGACCUGAUUACGGUGCAUCACGAAAUGGGCCACGUGCAGUAUUUCCUGCAGUACAAGGAUCAGCCCAUCUCGUUCCGUGAUGGCGCUAACCCGGGAUUCCAUGAGGCCAUUGGAGAUGUGCUGGCGCUGUCUGUGUCCACACCCAAACACCUGCACACCAUCGGCCUGCUCAACAAAGUCGAGGAUAACCAGCAGAGCACCAUAAACUUCCUGAUGAGCAUCGCCCUGGAUAAAAUCGCCUUCCUGCCGUUCGGCUACCUGAUGGACCAGUGGAGGUGGAAGGUGUUUGAUGGCAGGAUAUCGAGUGACGAGUACAACAAAGAGUGGUGGAAUCUCAGGCUGAAGUACCAGGGCUUGUGCCCACCUGUUACCCGCACAGAGGAAGACUUCGACCCUGGAGCAAAGUUCCACAUCCCAGCCAAUGUGCCCUACAUCAGAUACUUCGUCAGCUUUGUGAUCCAGUUCCAGUUCCAUCAGGCUCUUUGUAAAGCUGCAGGUCACACUGGACCGCUCCACAACUGUGACAUCUACAAGUCCAAAGAAGCAGGAAAACUCCUGGGAGACGUGAUGAAGCUGGGGUUCAGUAAGCCCUGGCCCGAGGCGAUGGCCAUGAUCACUGGUGAGCCCAUAAUGUCUGCACAGCCUCUGAUGGAGUACUUUAAACCCCUCAUCACCUGGCUUGAGCAGGAGAAUAAGAAGAACCAAGACAUCCUCGGCUGGCCGGACUACAGCUGGACGCCAACCACGUUAUCACCUGCAGUCGUGGAGGAACACACCCCUUCUGUGGAUUUCUUAGGCAUGAGUGUGGAUGAAGCUGCAGCUGUAGCUGGACAGUGGGUUCUCCUUGUUCUCGGGCUCGUUCUCCUGGUCUCCACAGCCUUCUUGGCCUACAAAUACCGGAAAUCCAGACGCUUGCACAACAAGUCCAUCUCUCAAAUGGAGCUUAAAUAGAAAUCUAAAUCUAAAGUAGGCUAAAUGUCCCGUGUAGAUGUUUUUAUUUCCCUUCAAACAAAACCCCCAAAAUUCUUGUAUAUUUAUUAAUAAUUGUUUUUUUUUGGGUCAAAUUAAUUUGACUAUGCAAAAAAAAAAAGUCUAUGUGUUGUAAUUUAUUUGUAUAAAAAAUAUGUUGGGUGGGGUUUCAAUUAUUUGUUUGUUAAAGCCAAACUGUCUAUGGAUUUUUAGAAUAAUUUUAUUGUUAAAUACAUUUAUAAUAAAUAUAUAUUCCAA